UUCCUUUGCCCUCCCACCUCACAUCUUAAUUGCUUUUAUUUUUCUCCUAAAACUUAAGGGAUCCCCCCAAGAAAUGGGAGGCAAGAUGAAGAGACAGCUGCUGUGUGUACUGCUGCUUUGUGGAGUGGUUUUCACAUUGCCUGACCAGGGAAUGCACAGCAGGUUCAGAAGAGGAGCCCGGUCCUACAGAGCCACCUGCAGAGAUGAGCAAACACAGACAACAUACCAACAGCAUCAGUCCUGGUUGCGCCCCAUGCUCAGAAGCAGUCGGGUGGAGUACUGCUGGUGCAACAGUGGCUUGGCACAGUGCCACUCGGUGCCUGUCAGAAGUUGCAGUGAACCAAGAUGCUUCAAUGGGGGCACGUGUCAUCAGGCCCUGUAUUUCUCUGACUUUGUCUGCCAGUGCCCUGAUGGAUUUGUUGGGAAACGCUGUGACAUAGAUACCAGAGUAACAUGCUUCGAGGACCAGGGCAUCACCUACAGGGGCACAUGGAGCACAGCAGAAAACGGGGCUGAAUGCACCAACUGGAAUAGCAGUGCUUUGUCCCUGAAGCCCUACAAUGCAAGGAGGCCAGAUGCCGUCAAGCUGGGCCUUGGGAACCACAAUUACUGCAGGAACCCAGACCAAGACUCAAAGCCCUGGUGCUAUGUCUUUAAGGCAGGGAAGUAUACUUCGGAGUUCUGCAGCACACCGGCUUGCCCUAGGAGAAAAGGUGAGGACUGCUAUGUUGAAAAAGGCUCAGCUUACCGUGGCACCCACAGCCUCACCACAUCUAAGGCUUCCUGCCUCCCAUGGAAUUCCAUGAUCCUCAUACGCAAGAGUUACACAGCGUGGAGGACCAACGCGCAGGCACUCGGCCUGGGCAGACACAAUUACUGCCGGAAUCCAGACGGGGAUGCCAAGCCUUGGUGCCACGUGCUGAAGGACCGAAAGCUGACCUGGGAAUACUGUGACGUGUCCCCGUGCUCCACCUGUGGCCUGAGGCACUACAAACAGCCCCAGUUUCGAAUUAAGGGAGGUCUCUUCACCGACAUCGCCUCGCACCCUUGGCAGGCUGCCAUCUUUGUCAAGAACAGGAGGUCUCCCGGAGAGAGAUUCCUGUGCGGAGGGGUGCUCAUCAGUUCCUGCUGGGUCCUGUCUGCCGCCCACUGUUUCCUAGAGAGGUUUCCCAUCCACCAUCUUAAAGUGGUCUUGGGCAGAACGUACAGAGUGGUCCCUGGAGAGGAGGAACAGACAUUUGAGGUUGAAAAAUAUGUAGUCCAUAAGGAAUUUGAUGAUGACACUUAUGACAAUGACAUUGCAUUGCUGCAGCUGAGAUCAGAUUCCAAGCAGUGUGCCCGGGAGAGCGGCUCUGUAGGCACCGUCUGUCUUCCUGACCCUAACCUGCAGCUUCCUGACUGGACAGAGUGUGAGCUGUCUGGCUAUGGCAAACAUGAGGCCUCCUCUCCUUUCUUCUCUGAACGGCUGAAGGAGGCACAUGUGAGACUGUACCCAUCCAGCCGCUGUACUUCACAGCACUUGUUUAAUAAAACCAUCACAAACAACAUGCUGUGUGCUGGAGACACCCGAAGUGGAGGCGGCCAAGACCUCCAUGACGCAUGCCAGGGUGACUCGGGAGGCCCUCUGGUGUGCAUGCUCAAUAAACACAUGACGUUGGUUGGCAUCAUCAGCUGGGGCCUUGGCUGUGGGCAGAAGGAUGUUCCUGGGGUAUACACAAAGGUUACUAAUUACCUGGACUGGAUCCAAGACAACAUGAAACAAUGACAAAGAAAGCCCAGCUCACUGAAGCCGGAGGAGGACCUGCCUUCCUUGUCUACAGAAGACACACCGAAAAGGCCAAGUGCUCUUCACACGAUCAUCUUUAUAAACUGCCGCUUGGCAGAAGGAAGAAGGGUCUGCAGGAGAGGACAUAGUGUUCAUCUGUCCCGGGUACUUCACAGUUUCUGAGUUUUCAGGGACGAAGAUCUGACUUUAGAAUUACUCUGUCAGAUGAGAUGAUGGGAAAAUGCCAAUCCUCCUAUAACUCUAGGAUUUCAAAAAGCAAGGUGGACCAAAGUCCACCCUUCUGGUCCACCAUUUUGUACACUGGACCACAAGAUCAUGUCUCAAUAAUAAAAUACAACUUGAUCCUUCAGGAGAGAAAGUUUGCAUCGGGGACAAGGAUUCAUAUUUACAGCUAGAAGAGGGCCCAGUGGGGCCUC